CUUUGGCGAAAGAAAAGGCCGGGCUAAUUAAUUUUCGACCCCGAUCGAACUCAUUAUCGGAAGCAGCGGAUCCAUUUCUCUUCGUCGACGAACCAGCAUUCCACACGCCUUUGGACGCCGUCCACCGUUGUUAACCCCGCUUUGUUGUUCUUGGGCAAGCAGCGAAGAAGGUUCGAACCCUAGGGCUUUUUGUACUCCCAAAAUCCGGUGCCAUGAGUAUAAGGUGGCCAAGAGUAUUGACACCUACCUACCUUUCCCAGAUUAUACAAUUGCAAAAAAACCCAUUAAAGGCUCUCCAAAUUUUCAGUGAAGUCCAAUCAAGGUACCCCAAGUACCACCACAAUGGUUCAGUGUAUGCCACUAUGAUUAGCAUCCUUGGAAAGUCAGGGCGAAUCACAGAGAUGAAGGAUGUGAUAGAGCUGAUGAGGGAGGACUCAUGUGAAUGCAAAGAUUCAGUCUUUGUAUCGGCUAUCAAGACAUAUGCUGAAGCUGGAAUGAUAGAUGAGGCUAUCUCUCUGUAUCAUAGCAUUCCUCGGUUUAACUGUAUUAAUUGGACAGAAUCUUUCAAUACCCUGCUGAAGAUAUUGGUGAAAGAGAACAUGCUUGAAGCUGCUCACCAUCUUUUUAGGGAGAGUGCUUAUGGUUGGCAAGUGAAGUCUCGCAUUCAGCCCUUGAAACUGCUUAUGAAAGUUCUCUGUGAGAAGAACCGAUCUGAUCUUGCGCUGCAAAUAUUCCAAGAGAUGGACUAUCAAGGUUGCUACCCAGAU